AAUUUGUCUUGAAGUGCGAAUGUGAGGCAUGAAGCUGUUAGUCAGUCGUCCUAUAAAAUCCCGGAAAAAGUAAAAAGUGGGUGAAUAACCAAUUCCAACAAAUUCGUUGGUAGAACUUGUUGGGUAGUCCAUUGUGUCAAAUAACGUACCAUUAAUGUGUGAGAGAGAGAGCUGAAGGUUGAAAUCUGCACAGGGAUGAUUCUGCACUAAGAAAGGGGUACAGAUACAAUGCAAGCGCAUACUUCCGCAAGUAUCAACUGACUCAUACCAAAGGUAACAGACUCUCGCGCCCCUUCUACAUGCUUUCAUCCGGUCGCCUCUAUUUCGGAGUGGUUGGCUUUGAGGGCACUUCUUUUUGCUGGUUUUCUGAAAUUGGGUGUUGAUUAAAGAGAAAUGUAUGACGAUGCAGGUAUCUAAAACUGCAGUCAUGGCUAUCAAGGCUUACCAACACCAAGCAAAGUUGCUGUUUAAUGAUUAUUUACUGGCAGAUCCUUUUAUUCCAUAUACAUCAGUUAUUGGUGGAGUCCUCUUAUGCAAACUGAUCUAUGACCUUUCACAGUUUACAACCUUGUGGUAUUACAAGGGUUAUGCUGGUCUAAUGAAAAUACAACGUGCCGAAUGGGGCAACAGGUGCAUUUCAACUGCUCAUGCUAUUUUUAUCUCUGGUAUGGCCUUGUACCUCGUGUUUCUCUCAGAUGUAUUCUCUGACAGUGAUGGUCCCAUCACAUUCAAAAGCUCCUCCCUUUCUACUUUUGCUUUGGGGAUAUCAGUUGGCUACUUCAUCAGUGACUUGGGAAUGAUAGCUUGGUCGUAUCCUUCUCUUGGUGGAUUGGAGUAUAUUGUACAUCAUUUGCUCUCUGUGGUUGCGGUAGCUUACUCUAUGUUGUCAGGAGAAGGCCAAGUAUAUACCUUCAUGGUUCUUAUCUCCGAAAUAACAACUCCAUGUGUAAAUAUGAGAUGGUUUCUUGACACGGCAGGUAUGAAAAUGUCCAGGCUUUACCUGCUAAAUGGGGUUGUAUUGUUCUUCGGAUGGCUGAUAGCUCGAAUUCUCUUGUUUGGAUACAUAUACCACCAUGUUUAUUUGCACUAUUAUCAGGUCAAGCAGAUGUUUUUCUUUGGUUUCUUUCUGGUAUUUGUAGUUCCUUUUGCCCUGGCUGUCAUGAACCUCAUGUGGUUUGGGAAGAUACUAAAAGGCCUGAAGAAGAUACUGGCAAAGAGACAGCAAACCGAUUAAUGCAUGUACUUUCCGCUGCUUACCUAUUUUUAUCUUGCCCUCUUGUAUAGUCACUCCCCUCGCACCAUUUGUAGAGGCUGGAAUCGAGACAACAGAAGAAAGCAUUAUAGCUUGUCUGGUAGUA